AGAUAUGCAUGAUUACGUGCGUCCUUAAAUAUCGCAGAUCUUUCCGACGAUCUUGCCGACGUCAUCCGAGGACACGUUGAAAAACGCAACGGCGGAGGUCAUCGCGAGUGACUCAAGAUUGCGACGCGAGAUUCGGAGGUAAGGGGAAUCGAAAACUCAACGGAUUCCAGGAUUACGUCGAUGCAGAGAGAGAAUCAUUUUCUUCCUUCUCUUUUUCGGCCGCAUCGUUCACAUCGAUCGGAUUCUUCCUUAUUGCUGGGAUUGCCGAAUCUCUUAUCCGGAUAAUAAAAAGGACGAUGAGCCCGGAGGGGCCUCCUACGUACGGUCCAUACUUUCGCAGCCUCCGACACAGGACCCACUCACGAAACACUUUCGAGUAACGAAUGCGUAACGAGUCCUCUCGAGAGUGCGUCCACCUUUGCAUACCGAUGCCCGGGUCCAUUCCCUCCCUUCGUCUCUUUUCCGCGGGUGUGGAAUUUUUUCCUCAUCUUCCUGGACCGCAGGACAUCGCCUUGGUCACACGGGAAGCCCCAUAAACAGUUAAGUCACCAAUGUCAUCACGAAAUUCGCAAAUGUGCAUCACGGUGUCUUAACGCGUAAAAAUCGAUUCUCCCUGUCUUCGCUAUUACGGAGCUAUUUAGAAAAAUAUUAACUAGUAUAUAAAUUUAAGAAAAAUACUAAUAGAGCAAAGCAAAAUAUUCCAAUAAUAAAUAUAAAGUAUCCUUAUUUCCAAAAAAAGAUAUAUUUUUUACAAAAGUAGAAAAGCAAAAUUAAUUUUUUUGUAAAAAUAAUGCCUACAAAAUUACUUUCUUUUUAUUUAUUCAAAGUACCCCCUUAUUUAGUUUCUUCGAUAAUCCUUUUACAAUUUUUAUUUUAUAAUAAAAUUGAAAAUAUAAUAUUUAGAUACGUUUACUUUAUCAAAAGAGUCAAUUGUUCUAAACAGUAUAUUUGUUCAAGUAUACGCAAUAAUUCUUUUUGGUAACGGUAUCAUUAAGUAGUAAAAUUCUAGGAGGCAGAGUCAAUCACAAAUGCGACAAAGAAACUUGUACUUGCGCUUAAAGCUUUCUAUUUCAUUAGUAGAAUAAGUUAGUAUCCCGUCGAUAAAUAAAUUAACAAUAAAAAGCCCUAAAAUUGCCGAUCAAACCCUUAAUUUUGCUCCAUGUAUUCCUUUCUCAUUUUUUAAGAAAGUAAAUUAAAAAACAGCUAUCAACAAGUCACCGAGCUAUUCUUAACCUUGUUGAAUCUACCGGGACAAUAUGUUCAGGAUAAAAGUUUUAAAAUCUCGGUUAAAUCUUUAAAACGCAUUUUUAAUGAAUUAAGCAUGCGGCACGAAAGGAUUAAAGUCCUAAAUUUAUCCGGUAACAAUAUGCGCUACAACCCCCUAAAGAUCGGUAAAAAGAAAACAAAAAGAGAUAAACAGUACGGACUACGGACAGAACGAAUGAUCACCAUGAGCGUGCACGUAUCCUUCGGGUGCAUCCUAAAUCUCGUCCAAUGAGAAGUUCUCGAAACCAUGGGAAGUAGAGGAGGGAGAUUCGAGAAAAAGAAGAGAAGGAGGACAAACGAAUCGGUGCGAAAGCAAGCAGUCGCGAGCACUUCCUGCGCAACAAGAAGAGGGUCCUAUGCGGCGCACCGUCGCGUAAUUGAGGUCCUGCGGACCCUACGAGGAGUGGCGGUGGGGGCCGCCCUAUGUAAGGCCCUGGAAGCGAUCAGGUCCAGCCCAUCCAGCAUCAGGACACCGUGCGUCUGGACUCGCGCCACCUCAAGGAUUAUCGGUGUCGAUUGUCGACCAGUUCAGAUCACCCGCAACAAUUACCUUGGGGAGAUAGCUUUUAAAAAGAGCGAUCUUCGCCCUGGUUGAGGGCGUUGCCCCUGACAACUGUCGGUGAAGCAGAGAAAGAUAAAGGAAGAAAAACUAGGAGUGCAAUAGGGAGAAGAUGAGAGUGAACGUGAUAUUAGUUCUUGUGAUCCUAGGACUUGUUGAUGCGGCUAGGAGGAGAGACAGACGUACGACGACACCGUCGGCAUCGCUCGUCGAAAAACAAUUUGCUGGGCAACCCGAAGAUCUACUGACCCUGUGGAAUCACUUCGACAGCCACAAACUGAAUGUUCGUGCGGGAACCUGGCAAAAUGAUACAUCGGGAAAGAACAGAAUCGCUCUCAAUAUUGCGAGACAAUAUCCGGGACUUCCGAGCAAUCCAAGCGACACGAAUGAGCUUCCGAAUCCUAUUUCACCGCCGGUGGAACCGACACCACCGCCGUAUGAACCUCCGCCGGGCUGCUUGGGACCAAGGGGCCAGUACUUGAGUUUGAAGAGCUGCGCUAACUAUCUAAAUUGCUGGGAUGACGUGGUGGUAGAGCAGACCUGUCCAACCGGGCUGCUCUUCAAUGAUGUUGCCGGUUAUUGCGACUUCCCGUUCAACGUCAACUGUGGUGAUCGACCGCCCGCCACGCCGAAACCACCACUACCCGCGGGAUCGAAGCUAUGCCCGGAUCCGAAUGGACGUUAUAGAAGCUCGACGAACUGCUCGGAAUUCUACGUGUGUGCCGCAGGCAAACCCAUCAAAUUCAAUUGUCCUCUCGGCUUGGUCUACAGUGACAUACUAAACGUUUGUGACUAUCAACACAACGUCGAUUGCAAAGGCACAGCCACACCAAAACCAUUAAAGCCUACACAAUCGCCGACUCAGUCUCCGCAGCCAUCUUCUACCUAUGCUCCUAUCAAUCCAACAACUCGUCCUCCUAAACCAUCGACUUAUCCUCCACAACAACCGACUUACCAGCCUCAGCCACCAACUUAUCAACCUCAACCACCGACUUAUCAACCUCAACCACCAAAUUACCAGCCUCAACCACCAAAUUAUCAACCUCAACCUCAACCACCAACUUAUCAGCCUCAACCACCAGCUUAUCAACCACCGACUCAAUCAUCUCAACCACCUGAACCAUCUCAACCGACUUAUUCUCCGCAAUCUCCUACUUAUGCGCCACAACCACCGAGCUAUCAGCCAUAUCCAUCACCGCCCUCUUCGUAUGGAAAUUCUUGGCUAAACAAUGCCAAAUCCAAUCCCUGGCAACAGCGAAAUCUAGAGAUCCAACAAGAAAUUGACAAAGAAAUACAAAAAGAAGAAGUAGAAACCGACAGUCCAGUGGCAUUAGAUGAUCAGUCUACGCAUGAUGCAAUAGAAACUUCCGAUGUGACAAACCCGUCAACUCUGCCUCAAAUCACAUCAUCUGAGUUAAUGAAAACUCCAUGUCAUGAAGGCGAAGUAUUCAAGCUCAACCAAUUUUGCACUAGGGUGGUAAUUUGCAAAAACGGAAAGCCUGAACUUAUACAAUGUUCACCAGGACUCUCGUAUGACAUACAAUCGAAUGGUUGUGUGCCUUUCCACAUUGCAGAUUGUGAGUUCGGAUCUACUCCUGCUUCGCAGUAAGAGCGCGCAUCGAACUUAAAGAAACUUCUAUUAAAUCAUGUUAAUUAUCUCCUAUUUCUAUUAUCUUUGCGAUAAUAUUUAAUUAAAACUAAAAUUAAUAGUUAAAAAAUACUAAUGAGUAAAUUUAAAAACAAUUACUCGAGAAUAAUAAUGAUAGAACCUAUAAAAUAAAUAAGCAAGUAGAUAAAUGUUUAGUAUCCUAUUCUACAAAUUUUGCGUUCACCCCUUUAAUGUUUACCAUCUUAUAAAAAAGUAAUUUUCGAAUUUUGUAAAUAAAUAUAAGCUAAACUUCUCUCGCGUAUAUAUUUUUCAUCUUUAAUAAUUCUAAAUCCCAAUUUCCUAAAUCCAGUUCACACAUGAACACAGUAAAUAAAAAACAAACAUUUCUAUAUAAGUCUGAGAAGUUAAUAUUAAUAGAAAGCUAAAUUUUAAUAAAAUGAUCAAUGAAAAAAUUAAACAAAAUUGAAAAAAAUUUUUUAUAAAAAUAAUUUCUCUAUAUAAUAAAAUUUCUAUAAUAAUUUUUGUAUUAUUUUUAUUAAAAAAAAAUAAUUUCUAUCGACGGUAAACCGUUCCACAAGAUUCACAUACAAUCCAGACGCUUUAUAUUGAAGUCACCAGAUUGCAGCACGCGUUCUCAACGUUCUCCAAAGGGCAAGAAGAGCACAGCCACGAAAGGAGGCAAACGGGAAGGGGGAAUUCGAGAGAAGAUCACUCUCCGCUCCGAGGAAUUGGAGCGUGAUUGAUUUACGAAGAAAUUAAUGUGUAGUCGCGGAAUACAGCUCUGGUUCUGUGGCGGCUCUGGUUGAGAUGGCUGACGAGUUUCCACUGCUCGGCGAUAUAUCGGCGAUAUGCGGCACGUAAUUAGAACACCACGCGCGUUUUUCUACAUCUCUAGAGAGCGUGCAUUGAUGCCUCCUCCUGCAAUUGAAUCUCCGGUCGGACGAUCCUUUCAUUUCUCGACUAAACGAUCUUUCGCGCUGUUUAGUGAGUUACUGGAUCGUAAACGUAAUCCGGCGCCAAAAGUGGCCCGUUCUAAUUUUCACACCUUCGUAAAACUCAUCGCGAUAAUCUCUGCGUUUUUUUCACACGAUUAUUAAUACAAAUAAAUUACGAUAAAAUAAGAAUUUAAAAAACAAAUCUAGCCUAAACUUGCGUUUCGAUACAUAUAAUUUAAAUUAUAUGUAUAGUAAAGUUGAGUGCGUGUUUAUACAGGCAUUGAAAUCUCCAACGUGUUAGCACGUUCGACGUUGAAAUUCGAUAUGAUAAAAAUAACUAGCACAGAUUUCUAAAAUUUUUUAAUGUGGAAAAUUCUCGAGUCAAACUGUAGAAAUUUAAACGUUGAAUGUCUCUACAAACUAAAUUUUUCAAUAUCAAAGAUUUCAAUGUUGCAGACUUUCAUACUCAAAUCAUCACGAUAGUAAUGACCAUACAUGUUAUUUUUACAUCAACUAGACACCACACAGACGCGCACUUCACACGCGCUAUUUAGCAUUUCAUUUUUUACUUUUUAAAAAUAAAUUGCAAUGAUUAUAAAAUUUGUAUAAUUACCAUCUCUACAAAUUAUUUUCUUUAUUAAUUAACUUCGCGAUGACAGCCGCUCACAAAGUUAGCGCAAGAGAACCUAUCAGCGGAAGAACGUUGACAACAUUUUGAUGCAUUCUACUAUGGAUUCAUGCCUUUUUUAGAAGUAAGAUAGAUUAUAGAAUGAGUUACAAAAAUGCUAAUUAUGCAGCACUCAUAUUAUUCCAUUAUUUAAUAUAACUUUAAAUUAUUAUUAUACUUAAUAAUGUUAUAUUACAUAAUUAUUACACUUCAAUUUAAUUAUGUUACUACGAUCGGGCAGCUUCAAGGCGACACUUUUUUAUCGCGCGGUGAAUUUCUCUCGUCUCCCUUUCGCUUUUAUCGUUUCCGGCGACGCAUUAUGGGGAGAAGUCAAAGCGGGGACCAACCGCAGCGACCUUUUUAAGGCCUUUCGUCGCAAUCGGAAUUUCGCGCUUGAUCGCCCACGUUGGAAAAAAGGAUUGAUAGCAAAAAAUGUAUUGUCAAGAAAAAGAACUAAAGGAGAUCGAAUUUAGAAGACGGGAGAAAGGGACGGGAAUUUGCUUGGCUAUCUCAAAAUAUUUUUCAAAGGCUCGUACACGUAGACUUAAUAGAUUAUAAAAUUGAAACAGGUACUGGUUACACUGUGUAACAAUUAUAUAAACAAAUGGCUAUAUAAUCACGCAACAAUGUUGUAUAACGGCGUGAAGUUAUAAUAUAACGAUCAUGCAACAGCCACAAAAGUGCACACCAAAAAUGUAUAAAUGUAAAUAAUAACCGCGGGAUUUUUGUCGCCAACGUUUCUACUUUAUAAAAUACGCCGCAAGCCGCGACAAACACAAGGAUGGUUUGAGGAAAAACGUUUUGCAAUUUUAUUAUUCAUUGAAAAUCGAUAUUCUCCUCCGCUUUAACGAAGAAAGUGUUUCGAUGUUUUGAUCAAACCGGAUGUUUUGAUCAAACAAAGUCGAGAAAUCGUUUAGAAAAGGCAGAUCGAGCCCGUAUCGAAAGUACCGAGGGAGACGCCUCUCGUACGUUUCACUUGGACUCACGGUAGCGCAAAACUUGAUAAUUACAUAAUAAUGUACGAUGUUACGUCGGAUAUGGAACAGCAAAAGGUCCUGUAAAAUGUGAAAAGCGUGGCGGAGUGAAAAGUCAUGGAAUAGGCAAAACAUCGAAAAUGCGAUUGAAGUAUUAUUCGGAAACAAAAAACCGUAAUAAAAAAAACGCUACUUCUCUCUGCAAUAUUAAAAUAAAAAAAACUAUAAAUAUUUCAAAGAAAUAAAAUAGUGUGUAAAAAUAACUUCAUAAUACCAUUAUUAAUAUUUUUCUACAAAUAACUUGAGGACUAUUCUGUAAAAAUUGAAAGAAAUUGAAUUUUUUUAAUAACGAAAAAACUAUAAUAAACUAAAAAACUCUCUCAUUAUUUUAAUUUUUUAAUAAGGCGAAUCUAGAUAAUAUAAUGUUCUAUUCAGUCAUACAUACGUAAAUGCAAGAUAUAAAAAAUUUUAUUUAUAACAUCCCAGGACGAGACAGUGAUUCCGAAGAAACAUCACUUUCUCGCUGCUUUUUUACUGCUUAUUUGCUACCACACCCAGCUAACGUACUUCUGUAAGAGUUCGAGAAAAUGCUCGAUAUCAAGCUUAAUCAACAAAGUAUAAUCGUACAUAAAGAAAAGUUAAAAUAUAACUGCUUAAAAAUGUACUUAAAAUACACCGUAUAUUUUUGUCUCCGCCACUUGAAGGCUUUAUCUAUUCAAUCGGCACACGCUCGGGAAUAAAACGGAAAUAGAACAAACAAAAUCAGAAUUGAAUGGUAAACGGUCGCAGAGACAUACGAAAUGAUUGCAAUAACAAUUUGCGGCAGGAGAACAAGGGGUAAGAGAGAUAAUCACGUAAUUUAUAUUACGGAAGGCUCACUGGGGUCGAGAAAGAAAGGUAUUUGCGAGUUGGCCGCAUGGUUACGGCGGCCUCGACCUUUCCGGAAAAGCUUGGAAAUUGCAGUCAACGAUCCCUGCGAUUAGCCACGCGUGAAAGAUCAACGAUGUAUGCCCGCCGCUCCAGUCUCUUGCACAUGCCAUGCAACGCGUAUCGAUCUCAUACAAACCGCCAAAUCGCGCAUACAGGCAGUUUUUUUAAUAUAAAAUGUACGUGUAAAGAGUAUUAAAAUAACGAAAGCCUAAUGCUUCCGAUAUACCCAACAUAAAAAUAAAAGGAAAUAAAAACAAGAAAAUUAUUGAUAUUGAAAACAUUUAAAAUUUGCAUAAACAUUAUUA